AGCUCAGGCUGGCCUCUAAAUCAUAGCAAUCCUCCUGCCUCAGCUUCCCAAAUGCUGGGAGGGCAAGCAUGUGCCAUCUAUCUAACUUGUCUCAGAGUUUCAGUUUGGAAAGAUGAAAAAGUUCUGGAAAUGCGUGGUAUUGGCAGCUGUGGUGGCGAAAGUCUAUAAUCCCAGCACUCAGGAGGCUGAGGCUGGGGGAUCUCAGCAAGUUCAAACCCAGCCUGGGCUACAUAGUUGCCAGCAUGAAGUACAUAGGGAGAUCCUGACUCAAAAUAAAAGCGUGGUAUUGGUUAAGCAUUGAUGUGAGUGCAUUAAUAAAUGCUACUGAACUAUACAAUUAAGCCGGGCUUGGUGGUGCACACCUACAAUCCCAGCAUUCUGGGAGGCUGACACAGGAGGAUAAAUUCCAGAGCAGCCUUACCAAUCUGCAGAACUGAAAACAAAACAAAAAGAAAUCUCACCUUUCGGCAUCAGUCGGUGCCGGAGACCUCUGUUAACUUCCUCUCUCGGCGGAUCACACUCCUCGCACCGGAAGAACACCUCCCCACCCCCAUUAUUCAGUACUAGAGACGGAGGCACUGCCAAUCUCCUGAGCUUUUCCUGCAGGCUCCUUCGGGGACCAGCUGUGCAGCUGAGACGUCCUGUGCCUGCUGGUGACUCCCACCUGCCGUCCAGUUUGGGCUCCCAUCCUAGGCCUCUGGGGACAGAGCCGCCCCCCUGCCCUGGGCCAGGCAAGGUGCAGCCCAGACUUGUGCAACCCUCACCCUGGCUUCCGCCUCCACCCUUGAGGCACCUUCCUCUUUGGUACCACCAUGAUGGCUGCCAGACAGCUGUGGGGAGCCUGUGCGACCAUGUGGGUCUUCAUGCUGCUGCUGUGCUGUCUGCUGCCCCAAGGUGCCCAAGAGCAGAUGUUCCCACUGCAGCUGGAGGCCCCCGCCGCUGUGCUUGCUGCGGGCUCCGUCUUGGUCAACUGUAGCACUGAGUGUCCCAGCCCCUCAAACCUCAUGCUGGAGACGUCCCUGUUGAAGCAGCCAAACGGCAGCAGCCCUGGCUGGGCAGCCUUCUGGCUCAGCAAUUUGACUGAGGACACCAAGAUCAUGUGCUCCGUGCUGUGUGGUGACUCGCAGGUGAUAGCUUCCUCCAACAUCACCGUAUACCGUUUUCCGGAGGAGGUGGAGCUGGGCCCCCUGCCCUCCUGGCAGCCAGUGGGCGAGAACCUCACCCUGCGCUGCCUCGUGGUGGGUGGGGCGCCCCGGAACCGGCUCACGGCGGUGCUGCUCCGGGACCAGGAGGAGCUCAGCCGGCAGCCUCAAGGCCAUUCUGGGCUACACAGAGAGACCCUGUCUCAAAAGAACAAACCAAAUACAGCAAGUAAUCCAGAGGACCCUGUUCUGGGGAUGAAACUGUCCCUGUUGGCUGCCUGCUUACAUCUCCUCUUUUCACCAGCCCUGCCAGUGACAUCUCCGCACCUGCUGGCCCCCAGGUCCUUGGAGGUGGGCACAAGGAGGCAGGUGCAUUGUGUUCUAGAUGGCCUCUUCCCGGCCUCUGAGGCCCAGGUGCACCUGGCGCUGGGAAACCAGACACUGAAUCCUACAGUCACGAGGGAUGGCGACACACUCAAUGCUACCGCCACAGUGCGCUUGGACCAAGAGGGGACCCAGAAGAUUGUGUGCAACGUGACUUUGGCGGGCGUGAGUCGCUCUGCACAGAAAUUGACAACGGUCUUCAGUUUCCCAGGGCCCAUUCUGAGACUGAGCAGGACCAACGUCCCCAAGGGGUCCACAGUGAAUGUGACCUGCAAGGCCGGACCCCGAGCCCAGGUCAGACUGGAUGGGGUUCUGGCCCCAUCUCCGGGGGAGCCUGCCCAGCUUGAGCUCAUUGCCACUGACAGCGACAACGGACGUUACUUCAUCUGCAACGCCACCCUCGAGGUGGCCGGAGAGCUCAUAUAUAGGAGCACGGCUGUCCAGCUGCGUGUCCUGGGUCGGGGCCACUCGGUCACCAUCGGCUUAACGGUGUUGACGGUCCUGGGCGUGAUCAUUACCUCAGGGGCCUUACUGUACGUCUUCGGGAUGCAGAAACGGUGCGGCAUCUACCACGUGAAGCAGCAAAGCAACUCGGUGCCCCUCACGGCAAUCCAGCAGCCUGAAGACACACCGGGGGAAGAGGCUUCCUGAUCUGAGGGAUGUCGGGAUCCUGGGCCAAAGACGGAGAGGACUGUGGCUGUACCUUAGAAUUUCCCACCAAUAAAGCCUUUAAA